AUGUCGCUCUUUGCUUGGUGUAGCCGGCGCGCGGGGGGGUUGGCUAUGCUUGCCCUCAUCGCGCUCUCAUACUGGGCCAUCACCACCGAACUCGACUCUCAACGACAUGGCUACAAAUAUCAGUCAGUAGACAGUCUUAGCGCGCCAACUUACGACCCCCAGGCCGCCGGCCUCUGGGCCAAGCUGUUCUCAUAUUACUGCCUCUUCAUCCACGUCCUCGUCUUCGUCUUCCCGAUCCGCUCUUGCUGGGCCGUCUUCAGCAUCACGAGGAGCCUGCGUCGCACCGCUCACAGCAAGACACUCAAGGACUUCAAGUUUGGCCACGGCCGCCGUGGCUCGUCCACCUCGCUCUCCAGCUCCGAGACUCUCACAUCGUCGCGGGACAUUAGCUCCACUUCGAGUAGCGAAGCUGGAGACGUUGACUCGGACUACUAUGGCGAAGCCGAUAUUGCGCCCGAUCGCGUCAUCCAUGCCAUCAUCGUCCCGAACUACAAGGAGGAGAACGACACGCUGAGAGAGACAUUGGAGGUUCUGGCUUCGCAUCCCCAGGCUCGCAACACCUACGAUGUCUAUCUCGCCAUGGAGCAACGGGAGCACAAUGUCGAGCUCAAGGCUACACGUUUUGCAAACGAGUUCUCGAAGAAAUUUCGCUCAAUUGACUUCACUAUCCACCCUGGAGACAUUCCCGGUGAGGUCGCCGGCAAGGGCAGCAAUGUGGCAUGGGCCGCGCGUAAACUCAGCGAAAAGUACUCGAUCAGACAACGGAAGGACGUGAUCGUGACUGGCAUCGAUGCCGACAGCCACCUCUCCUCCAAUUACUUCGCGCUAGUUACCACUAUGCACAUGGCUUACCCCGACACGGCUACCACGACCUUGUACUCGGCCCCCAUCAUUUUUGACAGGAACGCCCACAACGUGCCCGCCAUCGUUCGCGUUGCUGACAUUCUCUGGUCUGCGGCUGGUAUGUCCGGGUUGUACAAAGGCUCGACCAUUGCGCCUCCGACGUCUGUCUACUCUUUACCCCUCGAGCUGGUUGACCGUGUUGGCGGCUGGGAUUGCGACCAAGAGGCUAUUGGCGAGGAUCUGCAUAUGUAUCUCAAGUGCUUCUUCGCCCUGAACGGCAAUCUUACCGUGAGGACAGUGUUGAGCCCCGUCAGUCAGACCAACGUCACGGGCGGCGGCCACGGCAAAGGAUACCCUGGAAUCAUUGCCGAUGUUCGUGCUCGCUACAAGCAGGCCCUACGCCACAUGUGGGGAGCAUUGGAUACUGGCUAUGCUCUUCGCAAGGUGGUUGAGCUUUGGAAAGAGCGGAAGCACACUUCCAGGGCUUUCAGGCCUCUGCAUACUUCGAUGAACGACGACUCUGAUACCUACGUGCCGGAAACGCAACUCGACAGCGCGACCUCCGAAUUCACUGCCGAGAGCGGUAUCUUCUCUGAUGUCGUCACCGACACUCUCAAGUCGCCCGACUACGAACGCAUUUUGUCUCUGUUCCAUCGCCUUUUCGAGGCUCACUUCCUGCCCGUGCAAAUGACAAUCCUUGUCGUUGCUUCGACGCUGUACAUCUGGGUCACGGAAGGGAACGCCGACGUGCACGGAGUUGCCUGGAUUUACCCAGUCUGUAAUGUGCUCCGAACUCUUGGCUUCAUGGAGGUCGCUUUCUACCUCUUCCUCUACGAGAAAUUCCACAAGAUCUGCCUCGAGACGCGCGAGAAGGAGAUGAGCGACGCUGGCCUCUUGAAGGGCAUGCAUUUUUCCCGUCGCGAUUUCAAGGCGAACCUGGUGGACUAUGUCAUGGUUCCGCUCGUCGCUCCGAUAUUCGGCGCCAUCCCUUGCGCGCAAGCGCAAAUAUUUCAUUUCUGGACCUUGGACCUCGUAUACACAGUCAGCAAAAAGGUUACCCGACGGAGAGGGAAAUCCUUGUCUGCACAUGCGAUGGUAUAG